GAGACAAGCCCAUACCUUGCCCGCCCCCGCAGGGCCCAUGACCAUGGCGCCAAACUUGCUCAUGAUUUACAGCUUCUGUUGGCUAUAUAUACAUGCACAGGUGCUUUUUUCUUCCCUUGUGUUAUCUCUUCUCCUUGGUUGGCGGCGAUUUCUUUUUGGGAGAGAGGAAAUGGACUGGGCGGGUUUUCGGCGCCGAAAAAAAAAAUAAUAAUCCAGGGGCCCCAGUUCAAGCUUAGUAGAUCGAAGCUUUACGCAUCUGGCGUGGGUUACUUUUGUUUCGGCGGAUGUGGGGUUUUGGGCGAGAGAAAAAAAAAAAACGACCCGAAUGGGGGGGCCAGCAGCAAGCACAUGCACGUUGCAGCAGCUUAGCAGUCAGAUUCGUCGGCGGCAAAAGGUUGAGGGAGAUGAAACUUGGGCGGCGGGGUCGGCAGGAAUUGGUACAGAGUACGGAGGGGGAGCUGCAGUUGCUGCGCGAAGAUGAGGGUAGCUUGUACUUGGAUAAAGGACCCUGUUUGCAUGUGCAGAUGUACCUGGUACUAGUGCUGUGUGGUAUCGCUGCACAUGCUGGGGGGGGCUGGAGGGGGAUGGUGGGAUCGUCCUUCGUCUUACUUGCUGCUGGGCACUAUUUCGAACGAGUCACUGCAGAGCAUCGAUGGCUUGUUGACGUGAGAUGGCGCAAUUUCUGGCCUUGGGCGCACUGCUGCUAGACCGCCAUAGAGGGGUACUUGAGUUUGGCUGGUGGAGAAGGCUUUUCGCAGAGGUUACCUUUUAACACACGCCAUCUCAGGUACGGGUGUUGG